AAUUUUGAGGAUGUCCUCUUUCAGGACAUGGUCAUGGGCUCAGGCAUAUACGGCGAUCCAGAGCUCUCUCCAGAGGAACUGUGGAAGUACACUAAUUCUUGUUUAUCAUGAUAGUCAUUGAUGUCCUCUGAUACAACUGUUAUGUAUGAUUAAGCUCGAGGACGACGAAACACGAAAUAAACGGUAUCAUAGCUAAUUAGAAGUCAUGAUAGAUUUAAAAAUUUACUGGCUGAAUCAAAAUUAAAAAUUGAGAGUCCAAACUUGAUACACAGGGAUGACCCCGACUAUCUGUACGUGAUGACUGGGCGUGUGGAGCCGGAAGACGACUUUACCCUAAUGCGACGGUGGACGAAUUUGCUGCAUAGUGAUUCGGGUGCGUUCUACCGCGAGAUGAUGCGUCGACAGUUGACACGAUUAAGCGUAGUGAUGUCAAUCCGUCUUUAUUACGCCAUCUACUUUUAGGCGGUUUCUCUUUCUCUUUAGUUCCUCUUGAAAACCGCGAAGUAUUAAUUUAUAUAAAAGUAAAACAAGAAUGAAAAUAUGUCUCAAGAAAAGAUGGCUUCUGGGUACUUACUUGUCUCCAACACGAGCAAAAGCGAUUAAGCGACGCCUGCAGCUAGAAGAUCGCCUGCAACGUGGGGAAAUGGUCGACAGAGAUGAAUAUAUGCGGUGUGCUUUGGACACGCAGGAGCCAUUAGCCCUGAGUGUUGAUUAUGGAUGAUGUUAAUUCCAUUCUUAGUACGACCAUCGCGGCUCCCCCAUAGGCUAGACGUUUUUAGGGGGAAAAGGGUAGCCUCGAUGGUCUGGCUAGAUGGAAAAAACGCCAUCCAUAUUGAUGGCGAAAAAGAAGAAGCUGGCAAUGCAGCUAAGGAAAAGGAAGAAUCCGGUGAGACAGAAAACAGCAGAAAGGACACGAAAAGGACGAUAUAUCAGCGGGAAAAUACGUAUGUGACAGAAACGGGUGAGGUGAACGAUAUUUCGAAUGUCGUCUGUGGCGGACAAAACUUUGAUGGUGACGACGCGCCCGCUUUUCCGAAUGAAAAUGAAGGUGGAAGAGAAGCUGAUGUAGCAGGAGCGGGAGCAACUGCUAAGGUCAGCUUUAUCCAUCUUUCUCAACAUCUCGGUACUCUUUUGUUCCCUUGUAUUUGUUCAUGGGAAACAAAGGUUUCGAGAUGAGUGGACCUCCGAGAUGGAUAGAUGCUGGCUCUAAAACUGAGAGACAAGUCUCCUCCUCUUCUCGUCCUCAGUUUGUCGAGCAAGUAGUGUGGCAUCGUGAUCUAGACACAGAUGAGAAGGAUUCACUUGCGGCAGACUGGAGGCUAGAAUUCGUCCAGCAUUUGAAGCGCUUGUCGCCCCUCACAGCUUGGACAAACAUGCAAGCACCGAACAUGAUGGAACUGCUCGCCAUGGACCUAGCGCAGUCGGAGCGUAAGAGCCUGCUCAGUCCGGCUGAUCCGCGAAGUCGCGACAGUGACUUGAGACGUGGCGGCUUGGGUUUAGAUUAUGCUGGAUAUUGUUAA